ACAAGCAGACUUAUUCCCCCGGGGAAAGUCACCCAGAGAAAGACAGAACGACAGAUCUCUCAGUACAAGCGCGGUAUUAUUUAUUUAUUUAUUUAUUUAUUUGUUAUUUAUGCUUUUCUAUUCCGUGCGCGAGCGUUGACGCGCAGAGGUACUGCGGUCAGAUAUGGACCCGGAGACACUCAGCUCUUUUCGGCGGCGUUCACUUUCACGACGCAUUAAAGUUAAAUCAGUAACUUCUUGAACACAAUGGCGUCCUUCAGUCUCCCUUCAGAGGGAUGGCAAGUUCUCGCGGACCUCCGCCGGAUCCUGGGAGACUCGCGCACAAACUUGUAGGCAUGCUGUGGUUUGGUGUGGUGUGCGCUUUCCUCCUGUACUGUAUGCGAUGCUGCGAAUCCGAACUGACAGAAAGUUUCAGCCUAAGUGGCAACGAUGCGCCACUGGGAACGGUACGCGACGGUGAAAGCAACGGAACGGUUAGUGUUGAUGGUGUCGGUGUAGACGGGAAGAGGAGGAGGAGGAAGAGGAGCGCGGGAGACGGCGCGGUUGUGGACGGCACGAUUAAGGAGAAAGAGUGGAGGGGCGCGCGCAGGCUUCCGCAUGCGCUCAUCAUCGGCGUGAAGAAAGGCGGCACACGCGCGCUGCUCGAGUUCCUGAGGCUUCACCCGGACAUCCGCGCGCUCGGAGCAGAGCCGCACUUCUUCGACAGGCAUUACGCACGUGGCCUCACCUGGUACAGGAGCAUGAUGCCCAAGGCGCUGGAUGGCCAGAUUGUGAUGGAGAAAACGCCACGUUACUUCGUUACAGCAGAGACACCGGCUCGUGUCCAUGCCAUGUCAAGAGACGUGAAGUUGAUCGUGGUGGUGCGUGACCCCGUGACCCGUGCCAUCUCCGAUUACACUCAGAUCGCCUCCAAGACACCAGGCAUCUCCAGCUUCGAAAGCCUGGCUUUUAAGAACAGAUCGUCAGGUCAGGUGAACUCACUGUGGAGCCCACUGUACAUAGGCUUGUACGCUCAGCAUCUGGAGCACUGGCUCGCUUAUUUCCCACUUUCUCAAAUCCACUUUGUCCACGGUGAGCGUCUCGUUAGUGACCCGGCUUUUGAGCUGGGCCGCGUGCAGGACUUCCUGGGCCUGGAGCGCAUUAUCACGGACAAGCAUUUCUACUUCAACAAGACCAAGGGCUUCCCAUGUCUGAAGAAGGCAGAGGGCAGCGCUGAGCCACACUGCUUGGGCAAAACCAAAGGCAGGACACAUGUGCGUGUUGAACCUGAGGUCGUUCACAACCUCAGGGAUUUCUACCAACCGCACAACCUGAGGUUCUACCAAAUGACUGGAAUGGACUUCGGGUGGAAGUGAUUUUCUUUUUUUUUGCUUUCUCAAUCCAGACAUCUCAUUCAUGCAUUCAUUCAGCACAUGACACUGUGGAGGGUAUAUUUGCUUUUCUGACUAUAUUUGUGAUACAGUUAGUGAAACUCUGAGUGGGGUAUGGGUUAUGCACUAUGAUCAAGGGUAAAAGAUUAAGUAAUCAAGUUUGUAUUUGGCUUUUUAAAAAAGAAAUGUUUUUCUUAAGGCGUCUCGUGUGUCAGGCUUCAGAAUGACUGCAAAAAAAGGUGAAUAUGAACACUUUAAGAUCACAGCGGAAAGUGGAAAGUGUUCAAACACCAGCCCUAAACAUUAGAGGAUGUCAUUCGCAAAACGCUGUAAAACAUUUGGACUGUAGGACUGGGUGACAUUCUGAGUGAGGUUUUAUGUGUGCACCAUCAAGUGCAAAGGCUACUGCUUUCCAGACAAACUGGAGCUGUGUUAGAAAAAAGAAAACAGGCUGGUUCAUGGUUAUCCGAGGUGAGCUUCAGCCUUAUGACCAAAUGAGCCAAAUGACCAUUUUUAUACUAUUAUUAAAUCACAGAUUUGUGACAUGGAGUAUCAUAGAGAACAAGGAAGUAAAAGAAACCACACUUUUAACCUAAAAUUUUUGCUAUUUGAGAAAAAAUGUUUACAUUGUUAGGAGAACAAUUGUAAGUAACCUGACAUCGGUGUUCAGCGAUGGAGCUAAUAGAAAGCAUCAUACAUUAUACAUGCAUACAUUACACAUGCGUUCAUACAUUAUGCAUAAAUCAAUAAGUAACAUCACUCCCUUUGAAAUACGGGAAUAUCAAAAGAAGCGGCCGGGCGGGACAUGCUGAUCUAGUCUUGCAUAAUGAACUCUUUGUGUGGGAUAAACAGAGCUAGUUUUCAACUUCCUGUGAUUGAUCAUAUGGUUACACGCUCACAAAGCCGACCCGUGUGUUGCUUGCAUGAAUUUGCACAAAUUUUAAGAAAGCCUGUUCAGUUAUUUUCAAACGGUUGUGUUCAUUUGUUAUGCAAUUUCGAAACCACAAACACAUGGGGAAAUAAAUUUUUUAUGAAUAGUGUGUGAGUGUAAGCACAUUAACAGGGCCAAACUGACACACAACGCUUCCUGAACUUCGGUCAUUAUUUAUUCUUAUUCUUUAUUCUUACUCCUUGCAAAAACACUUUUGAUCAAUUGUGAAUUUUAAACAUCCUCCUGGUCAAAGAGCACAUGUAGCACAGUUGUACAAUGAGAUAUAAAUAAGAAGUAAAUAAUAAGCAAAAAUGGAUACUGGGUCAUCUUAGUGCAUACAGUUAACAGCAUGACAAAAACAUAAACACAGUGCCAUCUUGUGGCCAUUUAAGGAUCUAUCGCUUUUGGUCCCCUUUUUUGGUCCAUGAACUGUUGAGGAAAACGUGUGCAAUAAAAAUUCCUAUUCCAGAAUUACGAAAGGAAAGCUAACAUACAUGCACUGGUCACUUUAUUAGGAACACCUGUACACCAGCUCAUUGAUGCAGUGAUCCAAUCAGCAGCACAAUGCACAAUGCCAUGCAGAUUCAGGUCAAGAGCUUCAGUUUAAGUUCAUAUCAAACAUGAGAAUGUAGACAAAAAUGUCAUCACGGCGAUUUGUGGGUUUGAAUAUUUGAGUAUUUUCAAAACUGUUCCUGGGAUUUUUACUCGCAAGUUAAAAAAAUAAAAAAAUAAAUAAAAUAAGAACAAAAAACCCAAAAAAACAUGCAUUGCGUGACAAUUCUGUGAAAUCCGACAAGAGAGCUUAAAAGAGAACGACUUGACUUGAUCGAGCUGACAGCAAAAGCACUGUAUAUCAAAUAAUCCCAUACGUCAAAUAGAACUGUACUGUACUGAGCAGAAAAAUAUCUCAGACUGCACAAUAUGUCAAACCUUGUUGAUAGGAUACAUGCGUAAAAAUUAUGGUAAACAUGAGAGCACAUCAAGUUCUGUCAGUCAAGGACAGCAAUCAGAAACUCCAAUGGACUCACAGACUCACCCAAACUGGACAUGUGAAGACUGAAACACCUGAUCUUGUGUAUACAAGGUGUAAAGUGUUCCCAAUAAAGUGGAAGUUCAAGUAUAUUAGGACAAAAUUAAGCUAAAGUAAAGAGAUAUAAAUAAAGAAAUAAGCUCUGCUGUAACCUCACAAACACACACACACACACACACACACACACACACACACACACACACACACACACACACAC